CUAUUUGGAUUUGGAUAACUCUGCUUCCUACUCUGAUAUUGAAUUCUGAAAGUAAGGAUAAACCCUUAACUAAGAGAGAUUACAUCGGUUGGAGUAUGUUUGUCAUUGGGUUUUUCCUGGAAGCUGUUGCUGAUCACCAGAAAUCUGUUUUCCGUGCCAAUCCAGAAAAUGCAGAUACCUGGAUAAAUACUGGUCUGUGGAGUAUAAGUCGUCAUCCAAACUACUUUGGAGAGAUUCUAUUGUGGUUUGGAUUAUAUGUGAGUGCUUCAUCUGUGUAUAAUCACAAUUAUCAGUAUCUUACCAUUGUAUCACCACUGUUUGUGACAUAUCUCCUGACACAGGUCUCAGGCGUGCCACUGUUAGAGAAGAUAGGUCAACAUAGAUGGGGACAGAAUGCACAAUAUCAGAGAUAUGUAAAGAAUACAGCAGUUUUGAUACCGUUCAUUUGGUGAACUCGUGGUCGCAAAAUUAAUUU